AUGACAGAGACACUUUCACUUGGCCGUGUGUUCACUGCUGCUGCAGCUUUUGCUGCUGUCGGUGUUCUUGGAUAUGCAAUCUACUUUGAUUACCGGAGAAACACCAGUCCAGAGUUUAGAAAAAAAAUCAGAGAUCAACAGCGAGCAGCGCAAAAGAUUCGUUCCAGCCGAGCUGCCCAAGUGCAGGCUGCAGCUGCAGCAACUCGUCGUGCCCAAGGCGGUGCUGAUUCAUCGACUAUGUUUGAGCUAGAGGAUGAACCUCUGCCUACCAAUGCGCAAGAUGCACAGGCUUAUUUUAGUAAACAUCUUAUGAUGGGCGAAACUCUGCUCUCUCGAGGACCUGCUGGAUAUGAAGCUGCAGCGGUAUGUUUUUACCGUGCUCUAAAAGUGCAUCCAGAAGCUGUUAUGAUUUUUGAAGCAUUUGAAAAGUCGUUGCCUGGACCGGUUUUGGAUUUGAUUGUUCAACUCAUGAGUGCAGAUGUGCGAUCGGCUCAACCAGAUGCUGAAAAGGGAGCCACAGUUGAAGAAGUGGAGUAGAUCGAUCCGGUUUCCAUUUCUAAAAACAGAUGCAUUGUGAUUAAAGCGUUGAUGCCAUUUUAAUCUUUUCUAUUAGAAAUACUUGAAUUUGACACUUGAUCCUCUUUUUAUAUGAUGAUGGCUGUAAUAGUUUAUUUUGAAGUGCUUGUUGCAUUGCUUUUUUACACGGAAUAAAUCUCAUUUGCUUGAAUA